AUGCUACUCUCUCAGCCAUGGCGUGUCGGCCUGACCACACUCGGCAUCGGACUGAAUGCCUACACCGUCCUCGUCCACACGACCGUGGGCUUCAAGAGCGUCGUCCCCAUGCUCCAAUCACACAAGACCAAAAUAUACGACAUCAUCGGCAUCUGCUUCCAGCACCUCAUGGUUCUCCCCACAGUGGCUAUGAUUCUCCAGCUAAAGUGGUUCCACCACGGCAUCGACGGUCCGUAUGAGAAACCGCUCUUCUACACAUAUCUGUUGGGCAACUUGGCGUUCGGGGCGUGGUAUGGAUCGAUGGGGGUGAUAAACCCGCUCUUAAGCACGGUAGUUGCGCCCCUGGCGUCGUUAUUGUGUGUUUUAUAG